AUGGGCUCGCCAGCCCUUAACGCGUCAAACAGAAGAAGGAAGCUAUGGAGUGAAACUGAGUUUAGUUUCCCGUGUGUUCGUUCAGAUGGAGCAAAUCGGUUAAACAGCUGCCACCAUGCCGGGGACGACAACACCCACAGCACUGGGCGACUGAGAUUCCCUGUUUCCAGCACUGGGCGACUGAGAUUCCCUGUUUCCAACACUGGGCGACUGAGAUUCCCUGUUUCCAACACUGGGCGACUGAGAUUCCCUGUUUCCAACACUGGGCGACUGAGAUUCCCUGUUUCCAGCACUGGGCGACUGAGAUUCCCUGUUUCCAACACUGGGCGACUGAGAUUCCCUGUUUCCAACACUGGGCGACUGAGAUUCCCUGUUUCCAGCACUGGGCGACUGAGAUUCCCUGUUUCCAGCACUGGGCGACUGAGAUUCCCUGUUUCCAGCACUGGGCGACUGAGAUUCCCUGUUUCCAACAUCCCAUCUUUUUACUUGAAAGACGUUCCUGAAACAUUCUCAUUUGUGGUACCUGACACGGUCGAGGGAUGUGAACCUGAACAUAAAGAGCAAACGGUGACCUGUGAACCUGAACAUAAAGAGCAAACGGUGACCUGUGAACCUGAACAUAAAGAGCAAACGGUGACCUGUGAACCUGAACAUAAAGAGCAAACGGUGACAGAGUUGGACAUGGUGGCGAAAGAGAGGAAGAAAUGUAAGAAGCAAAUGGAGGUACCAGAUCCUGAGGAACGAACUGAAGAGAGAACUAAGAAAAAGUCAAACACUCUUCACACACAACGUGUGGGAGACGAUGGAGUGACUGUUGCCGCGGAGGGGAUGAGUAGCUGGAAGAAAAAGAGAACCUGUUAUGACAGAGAGACAGAAGAGGGGAUGGACAGUGGCCUCUCAGCGUCUGCAGUAGAUGUCUCAGAUGUAAGGGUGCCCGUAGAGGCCAUAAAGAGUAAGAAGAAGCUCAAGAACAGACAAACGAAGCUUGAAGAGGGAGCGGAAAGUCUUGAGACAGUUUUAAGAUUAGCAGAUGAUCCUGAAGCAGUUGAGGGAGGGGAAAAUGUGGUAACGAAGGUACAGAAUAACGAAAAAGAGAACAGGAAAGGAAAGAAGGGAAAAGUUGGAGAGAUUCAACUGAGCGUUUGUCCAGAUAAAACCGAGCUCCCAGGUAUUCCAGAACAAACACGGAGAAAAUGGAAAACAUCAACGAGGCUGAAAACACAACCGGAAGGAGGGGCUGAAGAGGACAGCAGGAGAACCAAGAGACACUGCUGCAGAGAGUCCGACACGGGAACGGACAGUGUUCCCUCGAAGUCACAUAACAGGACUCCUGAUGCUGGACCAGAAUCUGAGACCGGGCAAGAUGGCCUCCAUACAACCAUGGUUGAGACAAGCACCCAACACCGCAGACGCAUUCAAAACGAUAAAGUUCUAAGUGGAAACGAAAGGAGGGCUAUGAUUGAGCUCAAAGAGUUUGUUCCCAAUAUUGCGUCUCGGCCUGUUAAUAAGAUCAGAGCGAUGAUCAAGUAUGAUCUUGAUCGAUUCAAGGAAUUCCGAAGCCAAGGCAUUUCCCUGCGAACUGGACGAUACAGCGCACAAGAGAACAGACAACUCAUGAGUAACAUAAACGACUUCCUGGCUCUCACAGGGAUUGAGAAUGCCGCUAAACUCUUCCAUACGAAGCGCUUCAGAGACGAACUGUCUUUUAUCCAGAGGCUGAAGAGUCAUCACAGAUUCCCUGAGAGAAUAGGUGAAGGAAUCCCGAGGCCUUGGCAUAAGAUCUAUACUCGUGGUGGGAGGAAGAUGUUUGAUGGCGCCAGUUACAAGGGCCGACGAAGGUUCAGCGAAGAUGAACUUUACUCUUUGAAAAAACUGCAGACGUUGCACGGCAACAAUUGGGUGAAGAUCUCACAGUUGACUGGCCGGAGUGAAACGCCCCUUAGGAAACGGUUUUCUCAGAUUUUCGCAAACUUAGGUUCUUGGGGCGAGGAAGAACUGAAGAGACUAAUGGAAGCUGUGCGAGACCACCUGCUGGGACAGGUGGAGCCUGGCAGAGGGCAUGCCACCGUCAGGAAAGACCAGCUGUACAACAACAUCCCCUGGACAGUCGUAUGCCGGAGGGUUAAGACACGCCACCGGGACCAGUGCCGAAUGAAAUGGUUGGGUGUUAUGGCAUACAAAAUGGCACAUGGACAACCAGCAUUCAGUGGAGGUGUGAAAACCUUAAAGGCUAAAGUGGAUUUGAUCAAAGCGUUGAACGCAAUGCAGGUGGAAGAUGUCUCAGAUGUUGACUGGGAAGAAAUCGCUCACACAAUUGGGGGAGUUACUCCUUGCUACGUACAGAUGCACUACCACAAGCUAAAAGUAGCCAAAGUGCCGUCGUGGCAGAGCAUGUCUUUCUGUGAGACCAUCGAUUUCCUGUACAGUAGUGUUCUGCCCAAGUUUGAAGAGCUCCUCCGACACAGUCAGACCAAGUCAGGGGAGACCGAGUCCAGAGACGAUCCACAAGAGCACUUCCUGCUGUCAGAGAUCUUUGAAGAUGAGGACGACGGACAUUAUUACACCGAGGUUCAGAACGGUUGAUUAUUCAUCUUUUUUUAUCUCUGCGAGCUUUAUAUUUUGGAUGUACUUUAAAGGCAGCUUUUGAAAAGAGUAGUUUGGAUGUAGAUGGUGAAAAUCAAUUGGACGAUACUGAAAAUGCUGGUCAGGAGUUUUCCUUUUUCUGACAUUCACCGAUAAAGAUGGAUGCUUUGUUAACAUUAGACAUGAUAACAUCCCCAGGGGGCUGAUCAUUUGGAGCCUGGUCUGCUGUAGUGUGCAGCCACCCCUUAUUGCUGGAUCAGUAGCCCACAUUGUUUAUGUAACAUUGUUAUCAGGAAGUAUUGCAAAAGCAUGGAAAUCUGUAGUAGUAUGAUGUAGACAUCUCCAUUAGGGUGGGGAUACAAAUGAUCUGGACAACUUUUCAAAACAAACUUGUUUCACUAAGAUUCUUGAAUCCUUGAUUAAUGUACAACUUUGUUCCUUUUUUAUCUGACAAUUAUAUUCUUAAUAUAAACCAAUUAGGGUUUUAUGCCUGGGCAUGGUACUACCACAGCAACCAUGCUAGUUGUUAAUGAUCUUGUCAAUGGCUUGGAUGCUAAAAAGAUCUGUGCUGCCUUGUUUAUUGACCUGUCAAAGAUGUUCAACACUUGAUCAUUCUGUUUUACUGAAGAAAUUAUCAAGAGUCGGCCUGGGGUAUACAGCCUGUUUAUGGUUUCAGAAUUGUGUUCGUGACAGAACUCAGAUAGACGGGGUUAAAUCUGAAUUUCCUGAGAUUCAAAAAGGUGUUCCUCAGGGUUCUACUUUGGGUCCAUUAUUGUUCACUUUGUAUAUUAAAGACAUAGGAAACAGUGUUCAUACUUGUAACAUUCAUCUCUAUGCAGAUGACACCGUGUUGUGUUCCUGUGCCACCUCAGUGCAGCAGGCCGUUCGUGAACUUCAGCAUGACUUUGAUCCAGUUCUGAAAUCACUUACAGAUGUUAAAUUUGUGUUAAAUACAAGUUUAAAACCAAGCUCAUGCUGUUCUCUAGGUCACAAAGGACCUGCAUAUUUGCUAUAUAAAUGGAGCCUAAAUUAAGCUAGUUUCUCAAUAAGUACCUGGGUGUCUGGAUUGAUGACACGUUGUCCUUCCUAACAGAUAUAGAAAAUUUGACUUAGAAUCUAAGAUCCAAGAUUGUUUUUUAUUUUAUAUAUCAAUAUAAAUCACGCCUUAGUAUUAAAAACAGGAGAAAGAUUGUUCAAACCAACGCUUCUCCCUGUAUUGGAUUUCGGUGAUAUUUUUUUUACAUACAACGUCUGUUUUAAAAUCCAAGGAUGCUGUCAUUCAGCAACACGUUUUAUCACAGGGGACCAUUUUAGGACUCAUCAUUGUAGUCUGUAUAAAAUGUGGGAUGGACCUCUGUCUGUAAGAAGAGAGUAUUCUCAUUUAUUUAUAAAGAAAUCUGACAAACUCUAUAUGUAACUUCAUUAAGUUAAGCGUCAACCAUUCCUGUGGCAACUUGUAACACUGGAGAUCCCUUCAGUUGCCACAGAUUUGGGGGAAAAACAGCUUUGUUUUAUUUGCCCCUAAUUUGUGUAGCGUUUUGCAGAGUUCACUGCAGUUAGAUGUUCUGGUGCCACUCAGGCAGUUUACAUCAUUGAUUUAGGACCACUCUGUAGUUGAAUGGGCUUGCUUUUAUUUUUUGUGUGUUGAAUUAUAUUUUAUACAUGUAUGUUUUAGUAUGCUUUUUUUAUUGUAAUGUGUACAGGGCACUCUUGUAUUUUUUUUAUAUAUAUUUUUUAUCUCAAUCUGUUCUGAAGGUUAAAUAAAAAUACUGUGUUUAU